ACUAUAAAAAAAACUGGUCCGAAGUGUCAAGUCUAACCUAACCUAAAAAGUCUCAAACAGGAACUCAAAACCUAAUAUAAUUGCGUUAUCCAUAAUCACAUUAGGCACACAAUGACAGACUUGCCAGAUUUUUCGAGUCCUAAAGGUGCUGAUUCGGAGCUUCAAGACUUCUUGUUAGCGGAGAAACAGAAAGCUCAGUUUCAUGCUCAGAUACACGAGUUUAAUGACUUUUGCUGGGACAAAUGUGUGGAUAAACCGGGAGCAAAAUUAGACUCGAGAACAGAGACUUGUAUUACAAAUUGUGUUGAAAGAUUUAUUGAUGUCUCAUUACUUAUUACCAAUAGAUUUGCCCAAAUGUUGGAAAAGGGUGGUGGUAUGCAGUAAACUAUCUAAUUAAUGUAUCUAAUGAAUGUUUAAAUUGUUUGAAAGGUUGAUUAACAAUGUUAUGAGAAGUAGUAUUGUUACAUUAAUUUUGUUUUAGUCAGUAAGAUGAAAUAAAAGUUUUAGUUUUUAAA